UCUUAACUGUUUUCCAUCUUGUCAAACUUGACGUCCGCCGCCACUAGGCUCGUGUUAUCAUCCUUUUUCUGUUUUUCUGUUCAUUUUGUAAUAAAACAAAUUCCCCAAUCAUGUCCUUCAAUAAAAACUGGAACAUCGACUCGUAUCGUACAGAAUACGAAAGCGAAGAGCACUGGCAACUGCGGCGUCGCUUCAUGGAAGUUCACAAAAACAAAUUCCCCGAGGACGAGCUUGUUUGCCUGGCCCAGGUUUUCACCAAUGUCGAAUUCAUGGGCUGUAAAUAUCCCGACGAGACAAUGCGACUGGUCGGCGAACUAUCACAGGAUGUGGCCAAGGAGUUCCGCGAGGGGCGCGCCAAAAAGAUAAAGCGAACAUUCGUGAAGGCGUCGGACGCGGCGGAGGCGCGCGCCAAAGGAAGUGGAAAGUCCCGCACAUUUUCACACGCAGAUCGGGAAGGGGGGCCGCCGCGGAAGCAGCUGGGGGUGAGCCUGUUGUCAGGCCUUCCCUUUGGUAACUUCAUACUCAUGAUCUGUCCUGGGUACCGGGAAUCGAUCGCCGUUUCCGGGAGACGUUGUGGAGUGAAGGUCGAAGAGAAGGAAACGAUGACUUACGCAGAGAAGAGAGUCGAGCUUUUCGUCAAUGGAAAGUUGGCCGGGUGUGGCUGCGGAGCCAGCAUAAAAAUUGCAAAACAGAACGCAUUCGAAACUGCAAUGGCAAAGCUCCAGGAGGAUUGCUUCACAAUAAAGCCAAAGCCCAACCCGGAUCGAAUCGACAUCACAAAGAACAACGAGACCAUUCUCUGCAACCUCAAAUCAUCCGACGUGGAGACGACAGUCGACCCAAACAAUAUUGGGUACAAAAUAAUGAGAAAAUUGGGCUGGACAGGCGGUGGUUUGGGCUCGGCACAGUCGGGCCAGAAAAAUCCUGUCGAUUAUUUGAUCAAGAACAAUCGCCGCGGACUCGGCAACGAGAGCGGUGACAUCAACAAGUCUUACUUCAAGACGAUGCUGCAAAAUUAUGUGCGCAGCGAUGAUAUCCGCGAUUUGUUCUUCGAUUCGAACUUCACAAAGGACGAGCGAGCCGAACUGCAUGGCCUCGCCGGUACCAUUGGCCUGAAAUCAGUCAGUUCCGGCAAAGAACCCAACCGACAUCUUGUCAUCAGCAAAAAAGACAUCAGUUUCCUGCAAAUUCUACAAGAGAUUCUGUUCAACAGGAACCCAAUGUACAUCAACAAAUACGAAGUGACGGCUCCUGUGUCGAAAAGAAAUGAAUUUCCCGAUCAUCUGGCGUUCACGGCACCCGCAACCUAGGAUGCGGCGCGUAUGCAUUUUAUUUUGGAACAUUCUCAUCUCAUCUGCGUGUGAAAUAGGCUAAGGACGAUAAGUAAAUUAUAUGAAACGGAAAAAUUCGCAUUUCAAUUGA